ACAGGAAAGUCUUUCUCGAAAGGAACCUGACGUAGCAGAUAAAAAGACGGCAGUGCGCGAGCUCGUUCCAAGUUACGAAAGAUAACCUUCCAUAUUUUCACUUUUCAUUUUCACACAUUUUCAUAUUUCAUUUUGCUAGCUUGCUACAUUAAGUCUCCACAACCAAAACUACGACAACUAUGGACCUCAGCGAACAGAUUAGUCAGUUAGAGAGUGACCUGCAGGAAAUCAAUCUUUUGCUGGAGAAAUCUGACAGAAAGCGCGUCCAAGAUGUUCUGACUCAAGAAAAGAAGAAGGUCGAACGGGAGAUCGCACUCAAACAGCAACAGAAGGACCAUCUUGCAAAUAAACAGGCGGUAGACGAUGUGCCCUCUUCCAAGUGUUACACCGUUAAAAUAAAUAACUACGGGUGGGACCAAUCAGACAAAUUUGUCAAAAUCUACAUCACCCUGAAAGGAGUCCAUCAAAUUUCAGCUGAGAAUGUGCAGUCUAGUUUUACAGAAAGGUCUUUUUCCGUGUUUGUGAAGGACCUGGAUGGGAAGAACCACCAGAUGGCCAUAAAGAACCUUCUGUGUCCUAUCGAUGUCCAGGAGAGCUGUCGAAAGAUAAAGACAGACAUGGUCUUGGUUAUGUGCAAAAAGAAGACUCAAAAGAAAUGGGAGUGCUUGACCCAGGUGGAGAAGCAGACUAAAGAAAAAGAGAAGCCCGGCCCCGAGGAGAACGCAGACCCCAGCGAGGGACUCAUGACCAUGCUGAAGAAGAUCUACAGCGAGGGCGACGACGAGAUGAAGCGCACCAUCAACAAGGCCUGGAGCGAGUCGCAGGACAAGAAGGCCAAAGGCCCGGACAUGGACUUCUGAGCCCGUUCCCAGAGCACUCCUCCGACCAGGGCCUGUACCGCCGGGCAGGAUCACCGAGUAAAUCCCGGAACCCUCCCAAAUCUUGGAACAUGGACCGAACUAAAAAAAGAGCUGUUCUGCCGUUAUCCUGCUAACGCGGUCAUCCUGCUGUGUGAAAUACCCCGCAGGGCCUGUAUCGCCAAGCAGGAUUACUGAGUAAAACUGGAACAUGGACCAAACUAAAAAAUAGCUCUUCUGCCGUUUACUCAGUGCAGUUAUCCUGCUAACUCAGUAAUCCUGCCGUGUGAAAUACCCCAUAGGGCCGGUAUCGCAAAGCAGGAUUACUGAAAUUCCUGGAUAAACGCCAAAUUCAAACCCAGAACAGCUCUCUUUACUUCAGUCCAUAUUCCAGAGGUGGGAGGGUUUUGGGGUUUACGCUGUCCAGUUAUCCAACUAACUCUAUGAGCCUGCUUCAUGAUACAGGCCCCAGACAACAAAAGCCUUCUGUUAUUCAUAGAUAAUUUUUUGUAAAUGAUUAUUUUAUACCAUUGAUUUGUUUUAGUUUUUUGUUGUUCAUUACAAUUUCUCAAUGUCCAGUAAAUUUUUCUAUUGGAAAUAUGGACAGGUGUUGUUGCAAACGGGCUCCAUAUGUUCUUUUAUUAACAUUCUGUCAGGAUUAGCAAGCAAAAGUUGAGCGAGGCUGAUUUCUGAAGGUCACUCCCAAGUCGUUUUUACCGUACAUAAGUAGUGGAAGGCCAGCCUUAUAGCAACACGUUCACAAGAGGUGAUGAAUGCACUGUACAGUGAUACUCUCUCUCAUGCAUGUAAGCCGAGAUCGAAUGAUUAAAGACAAAUCAGAUGUAUGUUCAUCCUCAGAUGCUGAAGGUCUUAGCUGGACUUGCUGCUCCUUCUUCUGUUUUGACAGGCUUUCUGUUGUAUUUGCACUAGAUGAACAAUGAAACGUCUCCCCUAAUAAAUAAAGUCCUUAA